UUCUCAUGAAUAUUAUUAACUAUUAAGUUAUAUUGAAAUGCAGUUUGUACUGGGAGAGCAGAAAUGCUUACAUUUUUUUCUUUUUCGAUGUUCAGGCAGAGUUGGUGCCAUAGUAAAUCCUAGUGUGAUUAAUGUUUCUUUUUUAAAAAUGCCAUUACAAACUCAGAUUUUAAUGUGUUUUGGUGUGUUUCAGUCUACUCUAGAUUAUUUUUUUCUGAUCCUUAGUAUUUUCCAUCUUAGACUAGUGGGAGUUUCUAGAAGUUCACUUCUAUGUCCUCAUUAAUCUCUGACAACUUCAACAUUGCAGGCAUGAGCUGUCUUAGGCUUACCUUAUACAUUUUCUGCCACAAACCUGGACCAGCUACCUUCCCUCCCUAUCUUUCACAUAGUCCCUUCAACAUGGUAGAUCUCAGAAUGUUCUUGUUUCUAUGAUACACCAAUUCUGUAAUUAGAGGUUCUAAAGCUUUAUAAUAAAGAACUCUAACCUCUAAUGGUUACCCUCUUUGUUUUCUACUUCUUUUCCAAGAUCAUGACUGAGAGAUUGUUAAUAAAAGCAUUGAGUGGUGGUAAAAACACUAAGAUCAUUACUUUGAAUGGGAAGAAGAUAACAAAGAUGCCCUCAGCAUUAGGAAAACUGCCUGGCCUGAAGACUCUAGCCCUUCAAAAUAACCUAAUCCCCAAAGUGUGCCCAGAGUUAUGCAAUUUAACCCAGUUGACAACACUAAAUCUGGGAAACAACCUUUUAGAAGAAGUUCCAGAAGAGAUGAAAUAUCUUGUAUCUCUGAAGAACCUCCAUUUAGCUGGAAAUAGGAUCUGUAGAUUUGCACCUGGAGCAUGUGAUGGCUUACAAAAUUUAAUCCUGCUUAAUCUGAACAACAAUCAUCUUACGCAGCUUCCUCAAGAAGUCAGCAGAUUAAAAAGUCUUACUCAUAUGAGUAUAAAUUUUAACCAACUAGCCAGCAUUCCUAGAGAACUUUGUUUUCUUAAGAAUCUUUCUGAACUUCAACUUAACUACAAUCAGCUAAAAUGCAUACCUGAAGAGAUUAAGUUCUUGAAGAAGCUUCAGAAACUUUUGCUAGCCAGAAACAACAUUGGAGUUUUGCCAAAGGAACUUUGUGAUCUUAAAAAACUCAGAAUCCUAGACAUAGCGGGAAAUAUUAUUCGGAUAUUUCCAUCAGGAGUAUCUGCCCACCUGUGGGACCUUGGGCUGUUUUCUCAUUUUGGCUAUUGCUGCUAUGAGCGUGGGUAUACAAACAUUUGUUCUUUACUUUCAGUUCCUCUGGGAACAUACUCAGAUAAAAUUGUUGAGUCAUAUGGUAAUUCUAUGUUUAAUUUUUUAAAGAAUCACCACAGUGUUUCCAAAAAUGUGUAGAUUUGAAUGUUUAGUACAAAUUGGAUAUUGCUAAUAUUGACCUCGAAAAUGUGACAUGAUUUUACUUAUCCUCUGGGUCUUAAUUUAACUCUCUAUGUCCUGUGAUGCCUGCUUGACUUCCAAAACAGGCUUUUGGUGCCACUUCUUCUUUGGUACCACUGGUGCCACUACUACUUCUAUGGUACCUUCUUGUGCCACUUUUUCUGUGGUAUUUCGAUGAUAUACUUGGGCAACAUAAUGGAGUAAUUCAUUUCAAGUCUUUCUUGCCCUUGGAUGGUAAGUUUCCAGAGAAAGAAUACUCUUUUUUACAAAUUAGUCAUUUUUUUUUUUUUUGAAAUUCAUAUGGCUUUUGAACAUUUGAAACUAUAUUUUCACCAGGACUUUUCUAUAAACACUUUCCUUAAAUGAAUAUUCUUCAAUUAUAUGAUUUUUAAUCAUUGGAUGUUCUUCUACCUUUUCUUUAUAAUAUCUUCACUUUUUCUAACAUUUUUAUUUAUUACCGGAAUUAGAAUUGGAUUUUGAAUGAACAAGCUUUUGAGAACAAGGAUGAUCUGAAAUAAAAUGUCUUUUAUUUGUAUCUCUCUUUAGAGAAUAAUAUUUCUGAAGUAUGGCACCUUUAGUGGACAGUGGACAAUCUGUGGUAACACUGCUGGUUGUUCAGCUAGUGCAGGAAAUAGUGAUGCUUGUUAUAUUAGUUUCCUGGGGUUGCUAUAGCAAAGUAUCAUAAACUGGGGCUUAAAGGAGCAUGGCUUUGUUUUCUCUUCUUAGAAUGAUACCAGUCCUUGGAUUGUGGACCACUGUAAUCCAGUAUGACCUCAUUUUAGCUAAUUACAUCUGCAAAGACUCUGUUUCCAAAUAAAUUCACCCUCUAAGGUUCAGAGUGGAUAUGACUCUUGGAGGACACUAUUUAACCCAUUAUACUUUGAUAGAACAUUGAGUUUGUUACUCUAUUCAGUGUCUGCUAGAGCAAUUGAUAUAAAUAUUGUUGAUGAGGUUUAUAUGACAUUCCAAUUUCAUAAACACUUACUGAGUACCUUCUCUGUUGCCAAGCUUUCUUCUAAUCUGGGGAAGCAGGUAAACAAAUAUGGAUGUUGCUGUCUAGAAACUUUGGAAUUUGUGUUUGAAAAAAUCUCUAAACAUUGAAGUGAACCCUGGAGAUAUCAUAAGAACAAGAUAAAUGCAUGAUUUUUAAUGGCUGACAGAAAUUUAAAAUUAGAAAAAUCAAAGAUACUGGCAUUAAUUAACUUGAACAAAGAAGCAAGUCAGGUAGGUGGUAAUUUCAUUGUUGAUUUCAAAACACUAAGGAGAAAGUGGCCUGUUGCCUUCAUAAGUUUUGACAAUGGAUCAAGAAAAAACUUCUUAUUAUUUACCACUAAAGGAAUAGACUAUCAUCAUGGGAUUUCUGGGAAGAAAGGAUUACUAAUCUCUUUCUUUAGGGCAGAAAACUUGGUCUCUUAAGUAGUUGUGAUUCAGUCUUUUCAACAGAAAAAAAAGCAAAUCACUGAAAUUUUAUAGUUCCUUUGAAACAAUUUUUAAAAAAUCUUUUUAUCACAGGUCUUCUUUCUCUGGCUCCUCUUUCUCUCAGGAGCCCAGUUAUUUUUCAAACUGCAAUCAUUUGAAGAGAAAGAUGACCUGACAAAAGUGAGAAAAAGUUUUAAUGAUCAUCACCAGGAGGCAUCAUGAGGUUUGUCUUAGAUGUGAAGUUUGUAGCAAAAUAUCAUAUAUAAAACAUUGCAGACCAAACAGAAAACUUCACAUUUCAGUAAGCUCUUGGUUAGAAUCCUCCAUUAGCAAUCUAUCUGAGGACCUGUAGUAUUAUGACUACUUUUCAAAUUCACGAGUAGUGUUCAAAGUUAUCUUUCUGGAUCAAUACUUUGCCAUUAUCUAGAAAUUUGCAAGUUACCAAAUCUAUCUGAUAUUGAAUAAUCCCUUGAAGAAGACAGAUUUGUUACCAUUAUUCCCAUUUGGAGCUGAGGAUAUUGAGGCUCCAGAGAAGCAGUUUGUCUGUAGCAGUGACCCUCAAAUUUGAGUGUGCAUCUGAAUCCCCUGGAUGGCUUUUUAAAACCCAGAAGGCUAGGCCCUCCCUCAAGGGUUCUGAGUCAGUAGGUUGGGGAUCCCACAGGUUUGCAUUUCCAUUAUGUUCUCGGGUAAUACUGAGGCUGUAAGUCUGGGAACCACACUUGGAAAACCAUUGCCCUGAAGGAUGGAACAGUAGCCGAGCUUGAACUUGCACUGAGGAAUCCAUUCAUUGUCUCAGGUUGGGACAGUCCCUGUUAUGCUAUACAAAUAAGGCCUUUCUUUAAGCUUCCUGGGAGUCUGGGUUCUGAGAAUUUCACUGUGUCCUUGACUAAAAUGAUACUCAAGGAACAUUAUUUGGGCAAUAGAAUUUUCGUAUACUCUGAAAAAUAUUUCACGUAGAAACUAGGAUUUUGGUAUGUGAACACGAGGAAUGCCUAUAUGGUUGGGGGCUGAGUUUUAUAUGUUUAAUUUGGUUAGCCUUCUUUUUGGCCACACUGUGGAUGUACUCAGUGCAUAUAUGCCAUUAACAAAACUUCUUGAACAUUUAUUCAUUAGCCAAUCUAAAAAUUGGAGAGAUUUUUUAGCAUGUGAAUUUAACACUAAAUUUUAUUUUGGAGAAAUUUGGGGAAGGCCAAAUCUUUACCUUGCUACUUUCAUUUCUGAAUUUUGUCUAUAAGGUUCCCCCCUUGCAUCGGGUGGUUAUAGUUUGGAAGUGAAACUCAAGUGUAGCUAAAACAUUUACAAGGAUACAGAUAAAUGUGACAACUUAUGAGAAAGUGCUUUCUUAAGAGUAGGCACUUAAGAAAUGUGCUUUAAAAGAUGUAAAUUAUACCCAAUGCUACAUUUUCCACAGUUGCUGCUUUCUUUCAAUUUCAAAGUCAUGAUAUUAACAUUCAUGUGAAUCUGUAGCUUCCAUAAACACAUUCUGUGUCAAAGUUAAGAAUCUUAAGUAUUUGUAUAUCCCUAAGGUUUGUAGGCACACACUGUUUUUGUAAGAAAAAAAAAUAUAAAGAGGGAAGGCCUCAUGCAGUGAUGUUGUCAUGAGAAAAAUUAUGCUUGGACUAUUUAUGGGAAAUCAUAGCACCUAUUCCAUUUCAUCAAUGCCCCUUUUUUCCUUCAAGAAUUCUUUAGAGUUAUCAUAAAUCAAAUUUGAGAAUAGUGGAAGCAGUUUCCUCUUUUACAGUAUGAGAAACACAGCAGGAAAAAGAAUGGAAGCAACUUUCCCAGAAACACAAAUCAUUUGAAUAGUGAGGAGAAGAUUUGAAUCCAUUUUUCCCAAACCAAAAUUAAAUUUGCCUAGCUUAACAGUGUACCCAUUAUGUGACAUUGGACAGGUCUUGUAUCAUCACAUUGCUAGGAAAGUGUCUCACACAACAGUUCGUGGUUAGUAAUGAUAGAAUGAGUGAAUUAUUAAAUGAGAUAAUGUAUAUGAAUUAUUAUUAGUGUUUGGCACAUGAUAGAUAUUGAAUGUUGUUUUCUUGUCAUUUUAAGGUUUGGUCUGAGAUACCUCCCCUUCAAUCCACCCCAAAUUUAGGGUUAUCUCUGAAGGCUUUCAAAGCCAUGAUAUCACCUGAAUGAUUGUAACUUGCAACUGUUAAGGUAACCAACUGAUCUUUACCCAAGGGUGUACAAGAGUGGCUGGUUUCAGCAGUACACACAUACUGCUUCCUAUUCCCCAGGUUGUCUUUGCCCUGUUCCAGGUUAUUUUCUUCUGCGGAUUCCUUUACAUUCUUUAGUCUUACCUUCUUUGGGCAACAAAACAGAACCAAUAAACUAUCUCCCUGAAGGGUUCUCUUUUCCCUGGCUCUUUGCCUUUGGUUUUCCGUUUAUUUAUGUCUUAUCCUUUCCCUCUCCCUCUUGGUUCAUUUGGUUUCUGUUUGCCAGACCAGAUCAGAUUCCUCUGGAAAUAGGACCUCUCAUUACUGAAUUCCCUGUGCCUUAGACACUUCACUUAACUUGUUGCCUACUACUUAUUCUGAUGUCUCUUCUUUCUUUGGAUAUUUUUAAUUUAAAAGGAUUUCUCUUUUCAUAGCCAAUGCUGAAUGAUUUUGAUCCACAACAGUGUAAGCUUAUCUUGCUAUAAUGUCCUUGGGUCCAGACGCUUGCCUGAUGUCUAGCAUGGUACAUACCCUGGUUUGCUGUCAUUUUCUGUCUGAUUCUUGUCUAAUUCAAGUAGUCCCAGUACUCCCGGUAUCAUCUAUAUCUAUAUCUAUCUAUCUAUCUGUGUUUGUGUGUAUAUAUAUAAUAUAUGUAUACAUUUGUGACUAAUACGAAGUCAAGUGAAGAAAGCCAUUUUAUUUUUGAAUGAUUCUCAUCAUUUCCAAAUGAACUCACCUGCCUUCGAUAGAAUGAUUUCCAUAUAUGAGCAGUAAUACACAAAUAUGUGCACAUGCAGACAAGCAUUCCUAGGGACACCAUUUAGUUUUACAUUAACAAAAAUAUUUCUGUGAGAUUGAUUGAACACUUGGAGAUUAUCUAUUUCAAAUAUAAACACAUCUAUGAUCAAAAAUGUCCCUAAGUGGUCUAGAAAGUGCAAUACAAUUGUGGGAAAAAAACUGCUUGGGAAAGUAAAAUUGUGAUGUUUGCCUUCUGUCAAAACUUUUGAAACUCUUUUGCAAAAUGGUUAGAAAACAGCCUACAAGUUUAAAAGUGAUACAUAGGGAAAUGUCCAUAAAGCUGUGGUCCAGAACAUCCCUGAAUAUCUUCACAGUCUAGUGAUUUGCUUGGAAGUACCCACUUUGCUCAAAUGGCAUGAGAAAUUCCAGUUGGCUGCCUUAUCCCUUUUGUUGUUCUGCCUCUUUCAAUUAGCAACAUUAGAGAUCCACUUUAUUUUGGUUCCCAUGUGAAUAGUUUGUUUUCUCUCUCUAUUUAAGUUUAAGGAAAAGUAUGCCCUAUUCUUGAAGCUCAUUAAAUGCCUCUCUAAAAUUUGACCUUGAUUUCAAAAUAGAAUAAUUCUCUUUGGUUGUCAAUGCUCCCUUCAGUGGCUCAGUUUAUUAGGAGACAUACAUUUAAAAUAACAUUCACUGACCUUUUAAAAAAUGGGACACAAGCCAAUGCUUUUCUAAUGGAAACCCCUUGUGGGUUCUGUGGUUUUAUGUAAGUGAUGUAAGCUUAGCUAAUAUAGAAUUCAUGAGUUCCAAAACUUGACUAAAUGCUUUCCCUGUCACUACUUUUAUGAGAAUGAGAUCAUGUUUUCUGCUGUUUCUUAUAUGGGGGUGGGCGAAGAGGAGGGUAUCGAAUUAUGUGUUAUUGCUUCUUUUACCAUUCUAAUUCUAAAAUUUCAUGGGGUAGACUUUUGGAAAUGAAAAGCAGAGAGAAAAAAAUUAUAAAAUAUUAUCUUCAAUGCAAUGGUGAUUUUGUUCAAACUCUGUUUUAAAAAUUGAAGACCCAAUUAAGUUAGGGGAUACAACUAUCUCUGUUUAAAUUACGUAAUUUGAGUUCUGACUUUCUACUUCUAUAUGUGAUUUUAUUAGAAUUAAAGAUAAGCUGGUCCUGAAUGCCUAUAAAGUGUAAGUGCUGCAAAGGACCCUGUUUCACAUGGUAUAGUGGUUGGUGAACACCAUUUCACCAACCACUAUCACUAGCUACUCUUGAAAAUUUUAUUCUUCUAGCCAAGUACCUAAUGAAAGUGAUUCAGGAGAUAAAAGGGAUGCCUUGCUUACCUUCAAAAUGGAGAUCCUCAAAUUUCAGCAGCAUUCACCUCUCUUGUUAAGAGGUAGGAAGGACAGGAUCAUAAAGUCAGAGAGCUGGAACUUCUGUGUUUUCUGGUGUUGCAGUAAAAGUGGAGUUCAAAUGAUUUCAAAAUCAGGGCCAGUAUUUUUCAGAAAGUAAACUUAAAUAAUUCGCAAUAUUAUAAAGAAAGACUGAUUGAAAUCAAAUGUGGCUCUUGUACAGACUGUUUAAACAUUGAUUUUCAUUUAGAUUAUUUCUCUCUCUCUCCCUUCCCUCUCCAAGUAAUCUCUAUGGAGGUGGGGGACUUUGUUCCCUUUCACUGAUGUAUUCUAAACUUAUAACAGUGCUUGGCACAGAGUAGGCACCCAAUAAAUAGUUACAGAAAGGAUGGGUAGACGGAUAGAUGGAUGGGUGGGUGGGUAUGGAUUUUAUGUAACAAACAUGAUUGCUUUGCUCUUCUGAGAAAUCAAAACUAAUUUGUGACAAUUAAUAACAAAGUUGUUCUAAGGCAGUGGUUUUCAACUAGGGAAGAUUUAGCCCUCCCUCCAUGUCCCCGGGAUAUCUGGAAAUAUAUGGAGCUAUUUUUUGUUGUGAAAACUGAGGAGUGGUACUACUGGCAUUUAGUGAGUAGAGGCCAGAGAUCCUGCUAAAUGUUCUGUAAUGCAUAGGACAGUCCCCCAUAACAAAGUAUUACCUGGCCCAAAAUGUCCAGGUUGAGGUUGAGAAACCUUGUAAGGGACUGACUAUUUCUUUAUGUUCUCCAGGCCUUAAUCCCAAUAAAAUAUAUUCUUAUCAAAUAGAUUUUAGAAUGUAUAAGAAUCAGCAACGAGCUUGGUAAAAUGUUGAUACCUGGGCCCCAUGCUCAUAUAUUAUAAAUUAUUGCUAAUAAUGCUUUUGGAUUUAAAGUUGAAUUUUUUCUGAUAUGAAUAUAGCUAUAUUAUUUAUAAAUAUGUAUUAUAUAUUUUGAUUCAUGUUUACAUGAUAUAUGUGUUUUCACAGCCUACUUUUAACCUUUCCAUAUCCUUAUAUUUUAGAUGUAUCUCUUAAAAAUACCAUAUAAUACUUCAUUUAAAAAAUCCAUCUGACUAUUCUUUCUUUCUCUUUGUUUGAGAUGAGGUCUUGCUAUUUUGCCCAAGCUGGUCUUGAACUCCUGAGCUCAAGCUAUCUUCCCACUUCAGCCUCCUGAGUAGUUGGGACUAUAGGCAGGUGCCACCUUGCCCAGCCUGCUGGGUAUAUGUAAUUCGUUUUACUUGUUCUGUACUCCUUUUCUCCUUUUU